ACUUCGGUUUAUUGUACAUGUUUAACCCACUGUAACCUCCCCAGUCCCUUAAACUUUCAUGUUAAUCGGACUGCUGGAGUCACCUCUUGCCCAGGCUUUGGAAAGGCUCAGGUAAGAACUGUUUCCAGAGCAUGGGUCCUCGGUGGCUGGGGACAGCCCUGAGAAGAUGCCACAGCACAGGAAAGAGGAGGCACGUGUUUGUGACUGUUAGCACUGGGCAGUAGCCGUCAAGUGAGUGGUGGCUGUGCCAAGAUCACUGGCCACUAGAACUUAGUUGUCCAUAUGAUGCCAAGAGGACGUCAUUGAGAACGUGACUCACUCAUUCGUGCUGCAAUCACAUCCUAGUCCUGCCUCACCAGCUGGGCUUUUCUGUGGAAAGUGGCAUUAAAGGUCUGUCUGCUUUCCCAUGUUACUCCUGGAUUGUUUCCAGUGGAGUUAGACAUGGCAGAGCUACAGGCAGCAAGGGGUGGUCCUGUAGCUUACAUGAGCAGGAGGAAAGGGGAGUGGUCAUUAAGGGAUUCUGUGGAGUCCUUUCAGGGGAAGCUGUAGUUGUCUUAUGUUUCUACCAUGUCGUAUGUACUAAGAGCAGCUUCAUACUUCCAGGUCCGCAGCACAGCAGUGCCUACCCUCAACUGUGCUGGAUCACUUCUCACCACAGGACUUUCAGACCCUCUGAACAUAAGCCGAACCACAGAUGGCUUUGAGUAAGUCUGGAUCCUGACACCCGCCCUCCCCUCCCCGGGCUUCAGCACCAGUUGUUGGCCAAAAAUAAACACCAUUCCUCAACCAUAUAUGUCCACCAGUCCUGAUCUGGGGAGGAAGCAGGAGGCAGGUCAGAUCCUUGCUGGGCACUCACGUGAGGCCACCACUCACCAUGCACAUAACCCAGCUCAAUCGGGAGUGUCUGCUGCGCCUCUUCUCCUUCCUGGACAAGGACAGUCGGAAGAGUCUCUCCAGGACUUGCUCCCAGCUCCGAGAUGUGUUUGAGGACCCCACCCUCUGGUCCCUGCUGCACUUCCAUUCCCUCACAGAGCUCAAGAAAGACAACUUCCGGCUGAGCCCUGCACUGCGCAGCCUGUCCAUCUGUUGGCAUUCCAGCCGUGUGCAAGUGUGUAGCAUCGAGGACUGGCUCAAGAGCGCCUUCCAGAGGAGCAUCUGCAGCCAGCACGAGAGCCUGGUUAAUGAUUUCCUCCUGCAGGUGUGCAACAGGUGCCCCAACCUGGCGUCCGUCACGCUUUCGGGCUGCGGCCACGUCACGGAUGACUGCUUAGCGCGAUUGCUGCUCAGCUGCCCGCGCCUGCGCGCGCUGCGCCUGGAGAACUGCGCGCGCGUUACCAACCGCACGCUGGCGGCCGUGGCCGCGCACGGGCGCGCGCUGCAGACAUUUCACGUGGACUUCUGCCGCAACGUGAGCGCCGCCGGCCUGCUCCGCCUACGCGCCGCUUGUCCGAACCUGAUCCUGAGCGCGGAACACAGCGCGGCCAUGAUACCCGAUCAGCCGCCGCGUGCGCGCGCGAGCCCUGCUUCGGUUUUCUCGCCUGCACCGGGGAGACAAAGCGCACCUCAUCCCACGGGCUCCUAUUGAGAAUGUGCGCACUAUUAAACGAGCGGAUGCCAGUAAA